AGCGCUUAGACAUAUACAUACAUCCAUGGUAGUACAUAGUAGUGCACCCCCAUCCUGGCGCGCUCUGUUUCCCCCUCCCUUUUUCGUCCUUUUUUUUCCCCCCCCUCUUUCACCUUUAAAAUACAAACCCAGACACCAUGAGUGGGACGAUAGUUCAAACGACGACGACAACGGGGGAUUCCUUCAAAGAGGCCGUGCCGGAUCGACGUACCCAGCCUGGUCUGGAGGCUGUAUUCCAGCAGGGUCCUGGGUUUGGAUACCCAGCGCAAAAUGGAUACGGAUAUGGGCAUGGGCAUGGAUAUUCAGGACCGCCUGUGCAGCAGGGGAUUGGGAAGAAGAAGCUGUUUUGGCUGUGGGUUGCGCUGGGGGUGCUUGUUGCGGCGGUGAUAGGGCUUGCGGUUGGAUUGGGGGUUGGGUUGGCGAAGAAUGGUGGAUCAGGAACAGAAUCAGAGGCUGUAUCAUCCCAGCCCUCCCCUACAGAAACAAACAACGACAGCUCAAAUGACGAAACAUCGCCCGCAACACCAUCUUCAUCCUCCUCCUCAUCAUCAUCACCCUCAUCAUCACCAACAACAACCCCAACAUCAACAUACACCUCCCCUUUCGACAACGACUCCCUAGACAGCACAAUAACCCUCUCCGGCGUCCAACAAACACCCCAACCCAGCCCAACCUCCAUCUGCCCCAACGCCAACGGCACAGUCGUCGUCCACCUCCCCGGCCCAAAGCGAUACCGGAUAUUCUGCGACUCGGAUUUUGCGGCUACGGGGAAGAAGGACCUUGCGUCGAUCGUGCUCGGCUCGUUUGAUGAGUGUCUGGGGCUGUGCAAUACGAUGAAUUACUUCCAGGAGCGCGAGGAUGUGGGAUGUACGUAUAAUGUGGACGGCACGGGGGAUCAGACGCCGGGGACUUGUUGGUGUCUGGGGGGUUCGUUGGAUGUUGUGACGAAUGUGGGGAAUGAGGUUGCGAUGCCGAUUGAUUAGUUUAUUUUAUUUUAUUUAUUUUAUUUUGUUUUAUUGUAUUAUAGCGGGUAGCGUCAGGUUUAUCUAAUGAAAACAAUAUGAUAUGU